GCGUGUGUUUCCAGGGCUGGGAGGAGGGACCUCGCAGCCGUCUCUGCCGCGGGCCGCCCGUUAAAAUGGUGGUUUUCACGUGCAACGCGUGUGGGGAGUCGGUGAAGAAAGCGCAGGUGGAGAAACAUGUGCACAUCUGCAGGAGCUGCCAGUGCCUUUCCUGCAUGGACUGCGGCAAGGAUUUCUGGGGUGAUGAUUACAAGGACCACGUGAAGUGCAUAAGUGAGGACCAGAAAUAUGGUGGUAAAGAUUUUGAAGCCAAAGCUAACAAAGGAGAUGCUAAACAACAGGAGUGGAUUCAGAAAAUUCAUGAAAUAAUGAAGAAGCCAAACAUUAGCCCUAAAGUGCGGAAUAUUUUAGAGCAAAUGCGUGUCUUUGAUAAUAUUCCAAGAAAAAAAGUAAAAUUUCAGAAUUGGAUGAAGAACAGCUUGAGAAUCACUGACAGCAACUUGCAAGACCAAGUGUGGGAUAUUUUUUCUGAAGCAACCAGAAAUAAUUCAAGUGAUAAAAAACAAGACAAGCCACAACAGAAAGAAGAAAGCCAGUCUGCAGAAAGUGAGAAAAAAACAAAUGGAGAAGAAAAUGGAAUUACAGACGACAAAAUUGAGAGGAAAAAGAAUAAAAGAGAAAGGAAAGAAGAGAGACAAAAAAACAAAAAGAAGGAGAAAAAAGAACUGAAAUUAGAAAACCAGCUAGCAAGCUCAGAAGCAAAGAAGAAUAAAAAGACAAAAAAAGGAAAGGAAAGUAUGGAGAAUGAAAAUGAAAUAAAUAGAAAUGGCCAUCAAAGUGAUAUGGAAGAAGAAACACAUGUAAAGAAGCGCAAACGUAAACAUGCAGAAGAGGAACCUCAUCUUAUGACAAAGAAAAUGAAAAAUGAAAAUGCCUCAGGAGAUGUUGGAACAGAAGAAAACAAUGCCAGUGAAGAGGGUGCAGGAACAGAUAAAGGCAAAUUUAACUGGAAGGGAACCAUCAAAGCUGUUCUGAAACAGGCUCCAGACAAUGAAAUUUCAAUCAAAAAAUUAAGAAAAAAGGUUAUAGCUCAGUAUUAUGCAGUAGCUGGUGAACAUCACAAAUCAGAAGAGGAUAUUCUAGUCACAUUUAAUAAGAAAGUCAGUAACAAUCCCAAAUUUAAAGUUUUAAAGGACAAAGUUAAGCUUCUGAAAUAAGCGUUUUCUACCUUUUGUAGCCUUUUAGACUUGCAGACUGAGUCAAAUUCUCCUGUCAGGUAUGUAAACACUGUAUUCACUGGUCUCAAUUUAAAUUGUUUGUGUAUGUGACAGCAGAAUUUAACUUUCCUGGAUUUCUCCUCUUUAAAAAAAAGUAUCACAGAAUAUUUGAGAAGUGCUGCAUAUCUGUUUUCAGAUAUUUUAUUUUCUGAUUUUAUGGAAAACGUAUAUUUUUAUACAACUUUUAAGAGUCAGCAAAAAUAAUUGCUGCCAACUGUAUUAAAGUUCUUCCUCUGAUGGAUAUAAUUUAUAGGUAAGAAUGUUUAUUAAGCCUGGGUUGUGUGGUGUUUUUGCAGAAACUUUGUAAAAGCAGAUAGGAUUUUCAUGGUCAAAAUCUCACCAUAAAAUAAAUAUUUUAUGUUACUAUUAGAGAUGGCAUCACCGACAUCCCCUUUAUACACUAUAGGUUGAAUAUGCAGGCUUAUAUAAUCUGUUAAAUCCAUACUGUAAAAUGUAUUGUUAAAGUGUCUUUGAAGUUCAUGUAUGUAACUUUGCCCAUUCAAUGAAAAUUUCCCUAGCAAUGGACCUACCUUGUAUAUGUCAAGCUACUUUAAUGUUUUGUUUAGUAAUGCAGUUAAAUUCAGUAAGUAAUGCCAUAUGGACUAAAAAUUGACAGGCUAAAUAAAUGGCUUUAAAACAUAAUCUUCAAAUACAAUAAAUCUUGCCAGGUGUUUUCAUGAUUGCGUAAGAGACCGUCCAUUCAUUAAAUCCACAAACUGCACUGUGGAGGAGACCAUUAUAUUGCAGUCACAAAACUAAUUAAAAGCAAAAGAAUAAAACAAAAAGAAUAAAAACAAACACAGAAAACACAGAAGCUUACAAAUAGGUAACAAACAGUUGUGAGAAUAAAGUUACUUGAUUUGUGCGUUUUUUAACCCAAUGCAAAAUGCUUCCAAGGAAGGGAGGUUUUAUACCAUGACUUGAUCUCCCACCAGUCAUUGAAACCUUGUGAAAAUUUUUGCGAGUAGUUUCUGUGAUGAUGGGGAAAACUGCAUAGUGGCUCCAAGAAACUACAUUGGUAUUUUUCUAUAAAAUCUCUCUGGUUAAAACUAUCUUAAUAUAGAGAAAUAUUGCAUAUAUUAAAAGUAUAAAUGCAAAAACAUUAACUAAGAGAUACACCAGGCCCAGACUCUUUCUGAAUAUAUAUUUGUCUUGUUCAUCAUAAAAAUAGCAGUAAAAACUGUCUAAUUAAAAUAUUCUCACCAAAUGGUUGUUGUCACUUCAUAUGAUUAGACCUUGUGAUGUCAGAUCAAGUGAUUAAAAUGUAUUUAUGUUCACAGAGAAACUUCUGAAAGUUGUUUUAACAAAUUGCAAGGAUUUUUUUUUAAUGUAGGAAGAAACAUAGAAAUCUAUGAUUUUUGUUAGUAAAAUUAAAAUGAACACAAUUCUGA